AUGGCUUCAUCAACAACCAGAGGCGCGGAAAGCCUCACCCAAUUCCCUUCGAAACCAAGAGUCUUCAUCUUGACAGACAUCACCAACGAACCCGACGAUGCGGAGUCUUUCUGUCGCUACCUGACCUACUCUAACCAAUUUCGUACGGAGGGAGUCGUCGCCGUGACGUCCACAUGGCUCAAGAACAAAGUCGCGCCGCAGAACCUUCACGAGAUCGUGAACGCCUAUGAGAAGGUGGUUGACAAUCUCAAUGCUCAUGCGCCUCCCGGUUCUCCCUACCCAUCUGCGCAGAGCGUACGGGACCUCAUCAAGUCAGGUCCUCCCGUUUACGGCAUGGAAGCGAUCGGCGAUGACAUCCCCCUCAGCGAAGGCGGCGAGCUCCUUCUCCAGCGAUUGACUGCACCCGACACCGAUCCUCUUUGGGUUCUCGUUUGGGGUGGCGUUAACGUCCUCGCUGAAGUCCUGCACAAGAUCCGCGAUCGCCCAGAUGCUGCUGCGCUGCGCCAGAAACUGCGUGUUUACACCAUCUCGGACCAAGAUGAUUGCGGCGCCUGGAUCCGUCAGCAGUGGCCCGAAAUCUUCUACAUUUGCUCCGUACAUGGUUGGAACCAGUACCAAUGUGCUGCUUGGACCGGUAUUUCUGCGCCUUGUUCAGGCGACGUGGGAGGACCAGACGGCUCAAAAGUGACGCACGAAUGGGUCAAAGAAAACGUUCAAAUCGGCCCCUUGGGAGCGGCCUACCCGAAUUUCGAGUUCAUCAUCGAGGGAGACACGCCUACCUUCCUUUACCUCAUCCAAAACGGUCUCGGCGUUCCGGAAGAGCCUUCCUACGGAUCUUGGGGAGGUCGCUACAUUCCCGCCAACGUCAGUUCAAAGGGCUUGCCCGCAAGAGGUCAUUUCGCCGAUGCUAUCGACGCCGUGACUGGCGUGGACGGCAAAACGCACAGAUCAAACCAAGCGACCAUCUGGCGGUGGAGAAACACUUUCCAAGACGAUUUCGCCGCGCGAAUGCAGUGGACACUGACGUCUGAUUUCAGCAAAGUCAACCACCACCCUGUCCUGUCAGUGAACGGCGACCUUGGCCUGACACCGAUUCAUGUCGAGGCCGAUGCCGGCGGUGUUGUCUCGUUUGAUGCGUCUGAAAGCUACGACCCUGACGGCGAUAAACUGAGCUACAAGUGGUACCAAUACCGCGAACCCAGCUCUCUGCAGACGUAUCACGGUCUUGAGGUCUCCGACAUCGAGAUCAAGCCUGUCAACGAGGAUGGAAGCAAGGUGGAUGUUCACAUUGCGCCAGCGGAAAAGUCUUGUUUGAUUUUUAGGGAGAAGAUUCCUCUCGAGCGAGGCCUUCCUCUGCAUUUGAUACUCGAGGUCCAAGACAAUGGGUCCCCGGCGUUGACAAGCUACCGCAGAAUUAUCAUUCAACCUAUCGACCGGAAUUUUAGCUCGAAGAAAUAG